AACCGGGGUCCUUAAUGCGCCCAGGUGAUGCCUCUCUUUGUGGCUACAGUAACAAGAUGGCUCCCGUGCUGGAGAAGAAGCUCCUGGGCGCAGCCGGGGCUGGCGACACCCUAGAAAAUAGUAAUGAGGAUGAAGAAGGACAGAACUUGUGGUCCUCUAUUCUAAGCGAAGUUUCCACCCGGUCCAGUUCCAAAUUACCAUCUGGGAAAAAUAUUUUGGUUUUCGGCGAGGAUGGCUCAGGAAAGACGACGAUCAUGGCGAAGCUCCAAGGAGCGGAACACAAUAAGAAAGGGCGGGGCUUGGAGUACCAGUACCUGAACGUUCACGACGAAGACCGAGAUGACCUGACGCGCUGCAGCGUGUGGAUCCUGGACGGGGACCUGUACCACAAGGGCCUGCUGAAGUUCGCCGUGCCGGCCGAGUCGCUGCAGGACACGCUGGCGGUGUUCGUGGCGGACAUGUCGCGGCCCUGGACCAUCAUGGAGUCGCUGCGGAAGUGGGCGGGCGUGCUGCGCGACCACGUGGACCGGCUGAAGGUCCCGCCGGAGGAGAUGAGGGCCAUGGAGCAGAAGAUGGUGAAGGACUUCCAGGAGUACACGGAGCCGGAGGAGGCGACGCAGGGCUCUCCCCAGAGACGGGGGCCUCCCGGUGGGGCGGAGGACGAGGAGGUGGUGCUGCCGCUGGGGGAGAACGUACUCACACACAACCUGGGCAUUCCAGUGCUAAUAGUUUGCACAAAGUGUGACGCAGUCAGUGUGCUGGAGAAGGAGCACGACUACCGGGAGGAGCACUUCGACUUCAUCCAGUCACACAUCCGCCGAUUCUGCUUACAGUAUGGAGCUGCCUUGAUCUACACCUCGGUGAAAGAGGAGAAGAACCUGGACCUCCUGUACAAAUACAUGGUGCACAAACUGUACGACUUCCAGCUCACCACCCCGGCCUUAGUGGUGGAGAAGGAUGCGGUCUUCAUUCCAUCCGGUUGGGACAACGAUAAAAAGAUCGGGAUCCUGCACGAAAACUUCUCGACGGUUAAGCCAGAGGAUCCCUUCGAAGACUUCAUCACGAAGCCUCCCGUUCGGAAGCUGGUCCAUGAUAAAGAGGUGAACGCGGAGGACGAGCAGGUGUUCCUCAUGAAACAGCAGUCGUUGUUGUCGAAGCAGCCUGCCACCCCCACAAGAGCAGCGGAGUCUCCCGCUCGGACUGCGUCGGGAUCCCCCCGGCCCGCGGGGCGCAGCGGCCCCGCCAACGUCGCCAGCGUCUCGCCCAUGACUGCGGUCAAGAAACCGGACCCGAACAUGAAGGGGGCCGCGGCAAACGAGGGUGUCCUGGCCAACUUCUUCAACAGCCUGCUGAGUAAAAAGACGGGGGCCCCCGGGAGCCCUGGCACGGGAGGGGGAGGAGGAGGAGGAGGAGGAGGUGGAGGAGGAGGGGUGCAGCAGGGCUCGGCCAAGAAAGCAGGGCAGAAGCCGGUUUUGACUGAUGUCCAGGCCGAGCUGGACAGAAUGACACGCAAACCAGACUCCGUGGUAACGGACAACAACACAUCACUGACGGAGAACGAGGCGUGAACUCAUCCACAGCAUCGUCCAUUGAAACCACAAUUAAGAAACCGCACAUGGACAAAAAUGCAAACAAAAAGCAAAAAAAAAAAAAGAAAACGCAUACAUUUCUGUAUAUGACCAAAUUCCCAAUGUGUAUAUCAGUCGGCAACAGAAAGCGUGAAAGUGUCGAAUAUGGCGAGCUGCUAACGGGUAUUUUUGUGGUGGAAAGGUGACAGGAUGUUGGAAGAGGAAAGUGAAGGCGUGACUCGAUUUUUUGAAAGGCAUAUCGGAUUAUGUAAUGCGCGUGCACUUCCCGCGAAGUGGCCAAAUUCCCUCGUCUCCAAACUAGGUCGGCUUUGAAUACAUUUUACCCGCUGACUUCAUCUUCGAAAGCGCCUUGGCUUCUUGUUUAGCGGUAUCGUGGAAGGAAAGCAAACCCCGAGGCGUGCAUAAUUGAUAAAGCAAAAAUUCUAAAUGUAUUCACUCAAAAUGAAAAGUACAUUGACUUUUUGCAAAAGUAUGUAGUAUGUAAAAAAAAAAAAAGUUCGAUAUAUGAUGCCGUUGUAUUUAUAUAUAAAUCAAACCUUUUGUUUUCUUUUUUUUUCUCACUAAAAUGUUGUAAAGGAAAAUCCGCCUAGCUACUUGACUAAUAUAAAACUCAAUUUAUGCCAUGACACUAACGUGACAAAAAUGCACACGAUUUACCGUCAGAAUAUAAGCAUAUGCAUCGUUCAGAAUCUAACGAUAAACUGAAGACCGGAGUAGCGAAGGCAGCGUAGAUGUAAGUAUUCUGUAAAUACAAGCAAUUAAUUGGAAAGAAGAAAAAAAAAACAUUAGCUUUGGUUGUUUCUGUGUAGAACGCAGUUAAUUAAUCGUAAUUAUGAAAUAUCUCAAAUCAUUGUCAGGUGGCAAAGUUUAGGUUUGAAGGCUAUUAUUUCGGAUGCGGAUGGGGCGGGGUCUAACCUGCUAUAACUAAGUGCCUGGCGCAGUGUACUGUUAGUGUCAUAGUGGAGGUGCUUGCUUCCGAAACAAUGGCACUAGUACAAAUGUUUUUUUUGUUUUUUUCCAGCUCUGUUAAACGAAUAAUUUAUAUAUAUUUUUGGUUUUGUACUACAGCUAUGUGGUCUUUGUUAAAUAUUGUUUUUAAGGACAUUUUUUCUUUAACUUUGUGGCCUAGAUGAAAUUGUUCGACUGAGCAGUGGAGAGCAUGCCUUCUUUUUCUAAACUAGCGAGGAGUCGCCCGAAAAGUUGUCAAAUCUCAUGUUUUUAGAAGCUUUGAGAGUGAUGAGUGAUGGCCCAUGUCCCGAGGAAGAGCGCAAAAAGCGUGUUCGUCUCAGCAUUGCGUGGCCAAAUUCAGAUCAAGGUAAUUAUGGUUUUAAUGGAGUAUCAGUGUAUUCCUAAACCUAAUCACGAUAUAUAUAAAAAAGGUUCUGUAAAUUCAAUUUUUGAUUUGUUCUUCUGCCAGUAUCAAAUUUUUAAAUAUGAAACUAUGGCACUUGAUAUUAAACAUUCCCUCUUUCCAUGCGAUUCAGUCAUUGGAAAAAAGAUUAAAUGUUCACAGAUUAACUUUGGCACAGUGGGCACACGCCUCUGUCCCCUCAGUUUAAAGUUUUAAAAUUUGUCAUUUUCUCACUCCUUGUCAUCUUUGGACUGUACUCCAGACUGAUCACUUCAUAAAUCCGACCAGUCCAAAUCUACAGUUUAACAGUAACGGUCCUGUGUGUCUUAAUUUUCAUAAUGACUACGAUAUCACAUUUUCACUGUGUAAGUUAUUGAAAUGUGUUAGGGAGUAUACAGAAAUUCAAAAAGCUGCAGUGAUUGGAUUUGGGAUCCAUGCACAUUAUGUUUCCAACAUGGUUUGAAAUUGCAGGACUUCUAAAAUGAAUUACCCAAGUAGACAUUUCUAAUUUAGACAUAUUGACUUAAGAUGUGCUUGCAAUGAACCCUCUUACUUCGUCAGUGAUUUCCUUCAGGUGAGACUGAACAGUGGUGUUUAUAAGAUGUAAGUAGUUGAAACGGCAACAAACAAGUUAAAAGAAAAUGCAGAGGUUUGGAACCUGGAACCAAAGACGUAUAAUCGCUGUACUCUCUCUGCGUAGAAUAGGCCUAGUCUCUCGUCUGUUCAGCUGGUGAAAAUCUCACCUGUUCAUACCUUAAGCACCCAUCAUUCCGAAAUAGGUUUAGUGGUUACUGCAGUGGCACGUAGGCAUAGUCUGGAAACCUGAGUUGUUUGAAUUCUGUAUCGUUUUGCUCUUAAGGGAAAACCACAUGACCACAAUAGGUGCAAAGUCUACUUUGUUGCAUGAACUGAUUUGUUUGUAAGGGGAAGUAAAAAUGAAAAGGAAAAAACCUGUCUGGACCUAUAAUUCAGCAGAUGCGAAGCAGUUUUAUAUACCACUAAAGCCAGGCACAAAUUAGCAUCUAAAGGCUGUUGCUUAAUUUCAAAGCACAAUAUUGGAAAGCUAGGAGUAUUUACUCAUAGUGUUUUAAAUUAUGCUCUUGUCAUGGAACCCAAGAUCCACAAAAAAGCAGUGUAUGUUGCUGUCUAAAUAACCAGAGUCUCUGAAGUUUACCUUUGCCUCUUGUCUCAGAAAUGAUUGACCUCUCAAGGAAGCUUUAGUCCAUUUUUCUUUUCUUUUUUUUAUUACUGCUUGAAGGUCAUGCCGUCCUUUUUUUAUAAGUUUGCCAUGUUUUACACAAGUGGAUGCUCCAGGCAGUGCACCACCGCCGGGUCUGAAUUUGACGCACCUCCCGGGUUACUUUUGUCAGCAAGCAUUACUACCGGGGCCGGGUGUGUGAGAAGUUCAACUCGCCUACUUCACCGAGUUAUCAGUUUCCUGAAUAGUGCUAACUGCAAAACAAAACAAGAAGAAAUGGUGUGCGGGUCCACCGGGUCUGCCAGAGUUUCAUAUUUUUCCCCAAGAAAGCGAGGCAUUGGAUAAAGAAUUAAAUCUGGCUACCAUAUAAGGCAUCUGUAUGUUUGGCAACAACUUCAAAUAAAACUACACCCAUGCUGCUUGAAUUGAAAUGUGCACUUCAUCUUUUCUUUUUUUUCAUUGAUUGGGUUUGGUUGUUUUAAGUGUACUGAACAACAGGCUUUGUAAAGACUUUAAUUUCAGUUGACUACACUUUGCUGCAAAAUCAUAAGUGCAUAUAUGCAUACUGCUUUGUAACAAAAAAAAAAAGAAAGAAACUUGGAGAAAAAAAUAAAGCUUUAGCUUACAGUCCUUUUGUACAAGAUUUGAAUAUCUUUUUUGACUGCAUUUAGGCUAUGUACUGAGUAUAUCCGAAUGGGUCCGAUUGUGAGCCUUUAACCUGAUGCGUUUUGCUGUCAUGCGGAAUCUUGCUUUUACAGCCGGCGAAGAUAAGGACACGCGCCUUCUCAGUCCUGGCUUCAAUAAAAAUGAAUCAAGACUACA